AGAAACAAGAAAAAUUUUGAAGGUUACAAUUUGCAAUGGAGAAAUGUCUCUUAAGCACGUCUUCUUGUUCUCUCUCACAUUCAUAGCAUUUUGUUUGUCUAUGGGUGACGCGAGAGAGAUGGCAGUGAACUGCAUCGGAGGAAAAUGUCUUGAAGCAUCAACAAUGGAUACUUAUGAGACCAAUGUAUCUUGCCGCAGAGAUAACGAAUGCAUCAAGUACUGUCCUAAGGGCUGCAAGAUUGUUAACUGUAAUUUUGGAACCUGUUUCUGUGAGUGUUAAAGAGAUCGGAAAAUACCAUACAAUUUCUACUUAUAAGACAGAUAGGAACAAGACAUAUUCCAUUACAUAUAUUAAAAAAUAUCUCUGCAUCACUCUAUAUAAUUGCAAUUUUGAUAUAAUUAUGUACU